UGUAUCAAAUCGAAGGCGUGCAUUUCUUGUGCUUGUAAACAGACAUAAACACAUCGCGAUGUGAAAUGAAAUGGGGAUUAAUUUGAUUAUUAUUUUACUGUUGUGUUUAAAAGCAGUUUCUCUAGCAAACAUUCACUUCGCCUAGAAUUAUUCUUUUGACGCAUUCUGAAUGGAACUGAAUGGUCAUCAAACUGACGAUGGAACGUCUGAGGAGACCGAGAAUGAUGAAGUCGUUAAACCGAAGAAGCCGCACCACCAUCAACAGACUCCAUGGAAGGAAACGCAAAGUAGUGUUAGCUUUUCCGCUACAGCCGCCAACAUGGAGGGCGCAUCGGUAUCGGCCGGGGGAAGUGCCUCAAUCGCGCGGCGGACAUCCAGCUCGACCAUCGCUAGACAAAGGAUCGACUCUCUAAAAAAGAACAGGCCCCCAUUCCCCUGGUUCGGCAUGGACAUUGGCGGGACGCUGGUAAAGCUAGUGUACUUUGAGCCGAAAGACGUGACAGCGGAGGAGGAGCAAGAAGAGGUUGAGAGCCUGCGCAGCAUCCGACACUAUUUGACAUCCCACACGGCUUAUGGAACUACCGGAAUCCGAGAUGUGCACCUGGAGCUGCCGGGGCUGUCACUGUGCGGCCGCACGGGCAGUCUGCACUUCAUCCGAUUCCCCACGCACGACAUGGCCGCCUUCCUACAAAUGGUUCGGGACAAGCACUUUUCCAGCCUGCACACCACGCUCUGCGCCACCGGUGGAGGCGCUUUCAAGUUUGAGCAAGACUUUCUCAAGAUGGCAGAUCUAGAGUUGUGCAAGCUGGACGAGCUGGAGUGCCUGAUCCGCGGCGUCCUCCACAUCGACUCGGUGGUGCCCUCCGAGUGCUACUACUUCGAGACUCCCACAGACCUGGAGCACUGUGAGGAGAAGGCUUUCCCCCUGGAGAACCCCUACCCUCUCCUGCUGGUCAACAUCGGAUCGGGAGUCAGCAUCCUGGCUGUCUACUCCAAAGACAAUUACAGGCGUGUCACCGGAACCAGCCUGGGUGGUGGUACGUUCCUGGGCCUGUGCUGCUUGCUGACUGGCUGCAGCACCUUUGAGGAGGCUUUGGAGAUGGCCUCGCUGGGGGAGAGCACACAUGUGGAUAAGCUGGUCAAAGACAUCUACGGGGGGGAUUACGAGAGGUUUGGCCUGCCAGGGUGGGCCGUGGCUUCCAGUUUUGGGAAUAUGAUGAGCAAAGACAAGAGAGAGUCUGUGUCCAAGGAGGAUCUGGCUCGAGCGACCCUGGUCACCAUCACUAACAACAUCGGCUCCAUCACACGCAUGUGUGCUCUCAACGAGAGCAUUGAGAGAGUUGUGUUUGUGGGGAACUUCCUGAGAGUGAACACACUGUCUAUGAAACUGCUGGCUUAUGCCAUGGACUAUUGGAGCAAAGGACAACUGAAGGCUCUUUUCCUGAAACAUGAGGGUUAUUUUGGUGCUGUGGGAGCAUUAUUGGAACUGCUAAACCCGUCCUGAACUUCCUCUUGAGCAUCUCUCUUCACUGCUGAGCACCAAACAUACAUGCCAGUCCCCGUCUGGGCCCUUUCUCUUCAUCUUCCCUCUGGAACUCUGUCAUCAUAAUGCCUUAAUGCUGCACUCGCUGGGGCUCAUUGGUGCCUUUGAGCCCUCAGCUGGACUUCUUAGCCCUGUUUGGGGGUUUGCUGUAUCAUAGUAGCACAUGGUUAAGCCUUAACAAGCCUGAAAGAAGGGGAGACGAGCAGAGAUGCUCAUGCAUCUCAGCAAAUCCAGAAUCCUGGGACGAUGGUUAUUGAGAUCAGGGGAACGUUAAGGUGAAAAAUGUCUGUAUGUUGCUAACUUCCUUAGUUAGAAGCAUCGGCUUGUUUACCUUAGACCUGCACCGACAAUCAGACAGAAGACCUUUUCAGGUCUGUUUCAGCUGGAUAGGAGAGCCAAAGAUCUUUGCUUUCUGUUGAAUGUCAAAGAUCUUUGCUUUCUGUUGAAUGUCAAAGAUCUUUGCUUUCUGUUGAAUGUCAAAGAUGUUCUAUGUGUGUGUUUAAUUUCCUUGGCGUCAUCUGGUUGCAUUGGAGUGGCAUGUGGAUCAUCCUUGAAACAGAUGUGUUCUGUUUUUAAGUGUUGCACAGAAAUGAAACACAGAGCAGUUGCUUUUCCAUUGAACUCCAUUUCAGUUGAUGUGGGACCAUACACCAAAACCACACAAGGAAAUUAGGACCUCCCUUACUUAGUGCAUACCGGUAUGCCGGUUCCUCACAGGCUGAUGGAAACUGAAGGGUAAAGGUUUGUUCAACCUUUUGUUGUGUAUAUAAUAUUACAAUUAUAUUGAUAUUGAACUGUGAGGGGGGGGGGGGGGUUACUCUGAAGUGCCUGUAAGACAGAAAGUCUACAUGCUGAAAAUAGCUGUUUCCUAUGCUGUUACACAAGCUAUGAAGCUUACGCUUACCUGAAAAAAAAUAUUUUUUUACUGUAAAGACUAUUGUUUGGUACUUUACUGUUUUUUUUUUUUGGUUGCAAUAAAAUAUGUUUGAAAUGA